AUGUACAACGCCAACGAGAUGAUGGUCCAAGCGGCAGCGGUUGGAGUAGAUGGUCUUGCGGAGUUCAAUGGAGGAACAAGUCUCUCAGGCGCCAGCUGGUUGAACAACCAGGCCAAGCUUGAGCAGCUCCACGAGCUCCGCGUUAUGGCCCUGGGUAAUGCGAAGAUCAUAUACGGCUCCGAGAAGUUCAAGUUCUACGACGUAGUCGUUGCAUAUAGUGCGCCGGAAGCAAAGUUCGCCGCGGUGCUCGUGUGCAACUUCAACGAAGCGACGAAGAUCCUGCGCAAGGAAGUUGCGGCCUGUCCGCUCGCAGCCGUACGCGAUAUCGUCCAUGGGCUACACGUUGACACCAAGUACAACGUCGGCGACCAGCUUUUCGGACAGCAAGGCGGAACUCUGCGUGAUGGCGUGUUCGGACUGCAUGAGUGGAAGAGUGCGGUGGCCGACUCAAGCCAAGACCAGGACGACACUUCGAGCCUUCUCCGUGCCAGCUUCUCAGCUCCGGCGGCACCGCGAGUAGAUCGACAGCCAUAUAAGCGCUCUCGUAGGGAUAAUGGCCGUGGCGAUUACUGGGACCGGGAUUUAGGGUCGCGUGAGCCGGAGGGCAGACUCAGCCCCGAGGGAACGAAUCUGGCCGCUCCUAUAGCACAGAACGGAUCUCAUCAGGAGGUGUCUAGUACCUCGUUCUGGGCAAUCGAGUAG